AUGGAUCAAUCCGAUCUUUAUGAUCAAUUUGGAAACUAUAUGGGUCCGGAAUUGGAAUCGGACGAAGAAGAUGAUGACGACGACCAACAAAAUGGCUACCGACAUGAAUUAAACAAUGUGGAUCAAACAAGUGACAUGGAAGAUGAUCGAGAUGAAGCUGAAGGCGAAGAUGUUACUGUUGAUAUGUCAAAUUUGUCCACAGCUGUUGUUCUACAUGAAGAUAAGAAGUAUUAUCCAAGUGCUCUAGAAAUCUAUGGACCUGAUGUUGAAACGGUUGUUCAAGAAGAAGAUACGCAAGCAUUGACUGAACCAAUUAUUGCGCCUAUAAAGAAACAUAAAUUUGCCUUUGUCGAACAAGAAAUACCCGAAACAACCUAUGAUCUCGAAUAUUUAGCGGAUAUGAUGGAUAGUCCAGAACUUGUUCGUAAUAUUGCUAUCUGUGGACAUUUACAUCACGGAAAGACAACAUUUUGUGACGCAUUGAUUGAGCAAACUCAUCCAUAUUUAGCUUCAACAGAAAACAAAGAAUUAAGAUACACUGAUACAUUGUUCACUGAACAAGAACGUGGUGUUUCGAUCAAAUCAACACCAUUCACCAUUCUUUUACCAGAUUUAAAAGACAAAAAUUUUCUUUUAAACGUUUUUGAUACACCUGGCCAUGUGAAUUUUUCCGAUGAAGUCACAGCAGCAUUUCGUCUAUGCGAUGGUGUUGUCAUCUUUGUCGAUGCACAUGAAGGUGUUAUGCUCAACACCGAUCGACUUAUUAAACAUGCCAUUCAGGAACGUCUAGCAAUUACGUUAUGCAUCAACAAGAUUGAUCGACUUAUCUUAGAACUGAAAUUACCGCCACAGGAUGCGUAUUUCAAAAUCAAACAUAUCAUCGAUGAAGUUAACGGAUUGAUCAAAACAUAUUCAGAAGAUGAAAGCAAAGCUUCAUAUGUAUCACCAUUGUUGAAUAAUGUCUGUUUCGCCAGUUCAUACUAUCGAUUUUGUUUUACAUUGAAAUCAUUCGCAAAAAUUUACGCGGAUACACAUGGUGGCACAUUCGAUUUUCAAGCGUUGGCCAAACGUCUAUGGGGAGAUCUUUAUUAUGACCCGAAAACACGAAUGUUUGGAAAGAAGAGUCCAGGUGCGAAUUCCAAUCGCUCGUUUGUUCAAUUUAUUCUCGAACCACUUUAUAAAAUUCUUGCUCAUGUGGUUGGAGAUGUUGAUAGCACACUUCCUGGCGUUCUGGAUGAAUUAGGAAUUCGUUUAACCAAGACAGAAUUGAAGCUGAAUACUCGCUCAUUACUUCGUCUUGUUUGUGCACGAUUCGUUGGAGAAUUCAAAGGUUUUACUGAUAUGAUUAUUCAACACAUCCCAUCACCAAUUGCGAAUGCACAAAGCAAAGUUGAACAUUUGUAUACGGGUAGUUUACAAGAAGAUAUUGUCACAGAAAUGAAUAAGUGUAAUCCAAGCGCACCAGUGAUUAUUCAUACAACAAAGAAUUAUUCAACAUCGGAUGCGACUUCCUUCCAUGUCCUAGGAAGAGUUUUCUGUGGUACACUCAAAACAGGACAGGAUGUGCGAAUCUUAGGAGAAAACUAUAGCUUAAAGGAUCCGGAAGAUUCGUUUUCUUGUACAGUUGGACGAUUAUGGGUAUUCAAUGCUCGAUAUCGUAUCGAACUCAAUCAAGUACCAGCUGGUAAUUGGGUGUUAAUAGAAGGUGUUGAUCAAUCCAUUGUUAAAACAGCGACGAUUGUCGACAACUCAGGUUUGGUCAAAGGUCGUCGAACCAAUUCAGUUAAUAUUGAUGACGUUCAAAUCUUCCGUCCAUUAAAAUUCAACACGACAUCGGUGAUUAAAAUUGCGGUCGAACCAGUGAAUCCGUCGGAGUUACCAAAAAUGUUAGACGGUUUACGUAAAGUGAAUAAAAGUUAUCCAUUAUUGAAUACGAAAGUUGAAGAAUCCGGUGAACAUAUUAUACUCGGAACUGGUGAACUUUAUCUUGAUUGUGUUAUGCAUGAUCUUCGUCGAAUGUAUUCGGAGAUUGAAAUUAAAGUAGCUGAUCCGGUCGUCACAUUUUGUGAAACGGUUGUUGAAACUUCUUCGCUAAAAUGCUUUGCGGAGACACCAAAUAAGAAGAAUAAAUUAACAAUGAUUGCCGAACCAUUAGAAAAAGGUUUAGCUGAAGAUAUUGAACAAGAAGUUGUCCAAAUCGGAUGGAAUAACAAACGCAUCAGUGACUUCUUUCAAAAUCGUUACGAAUGGGAUAUUCUUGCUAGUCGUUCGAUUUGGGCCUUUGGACCAGAUAUCAACGGUCCGAAUAUUCUUCUUGAUGAUACGUUGUCACAUGAAGUGAACAAAACCUUGCUAACAUCAGAACCGAUCAAAGAAUCCAUUGUUCAAGGUUUUCAAUGGGCAGCACGAGAAGGUCCACUUUGUGAUGAACCAAUUAGGAACGUUAAAUUCAAAAUUCUCGAUGCGUCAAUCGCUCAAGAACCAAUUCAUCAUGGUCGUGGUCAAUUAAUUCCAACAGCUCGACGUGUUGCCUAUUCUUCUUUCUUAUUGGCGACACCACGUCUCAUGGAACCAUACAAUUUCGUUGAAGUCAUUGCACCAGCUGAUUGUGUUUCGGCUGUCUAUACAGUUCUUGGUCGUCGUCGUGGUCAUGUUACACUUGAUGCCCCAGUAUCUGGUUCACCACUCUAUACACUCAAAGCCUUUAUUCCAGCAAUUGAUUCUAUGGGCUUCGAAACAGAUCUUCGUACACAUACUCAAGGUCAAGCAUUCUGUAUGUCGGUGUUCCAUCAUUGGCAGAUUGUUCCUGGUGAUCCACUUGAUAAAUCAAUUGUGAUUCGACCAUUAGAAGCUCAACCUGCUAACCAUUUAGCUCGAGAAUUUAUGAUUAAAACACGUCGACGAAAAGGUCUCAGUGAAGAUGUUAGUAUUAAUAAAUUCUUCGACGAUCCCAUGUUACUUGAAUUAGCACGACAAGAUGUUUUACUUAAUUAUCCAAUCUAG